CUGGGUCACCUGACACCAUCAGCCAGCUUCUCCUUUUGAUGCUCUUCAUCCUCCGUCGACGGGCAGCGCUUCUGAAACAGUAAUAUUUCAUUGUCUGCGGCUGUUCUGGCUUCAAAUUUUUAGAUUUGAGCCGAGGAUAGCUUCCUGACCCAGCAGGAAAUCCCGCCGAGUAGAUGCUGUUAGAGUGGAUGAUGAACGGACACGCCAUUCUUUACACGGGGGUCACUUUGGCCUUCUGGACCACCAUACUAGUCGUUGGUAUCUGCUAUACCAUAUUCGACCUUGGAUUUCGCUUUGACAUAGCAUGGUUCCUCACAGAGACUUCUCCUUUCAUGUGGGCCAAUCUGGGCAUUGGCUUGGCCAUCUCUCUGUCCGUGGUUGGAGCAGCUUGGGGCAUCUACAUCACCGGCUCGAGCAUCAUUGGCGGUGGUGUCAAGGCUCCUCGAAUUAAAACCAAGAAUUUGGUCAGCAUCAUCUUCUGUGAAGCUGUAGCGAUCUACGGCAUCAUCAUGGCGAUUGUCAUCAGCAACAUGGCUGAGAACUUCAGUGGAACAACCCCAGAGACCAUCGGAGCAAGGAACUACCAAGCUGGUUACUCCAUGUUUGGAGCCGGGUUGACUGUGGGCUUUUCCAACCUCUUCUGCGGCAUCUGCGUUGGCAUCGUGGGCAGCGGAGCAGCACUGGCAGAUGCCCAGAACGCCAGCCUCUUCGUGAAGAUCCUCAUCGUGGAAAUCUUUGGCAGUGCAAUCGGCCUGUUUGGUGUCAUCGUAGCCAUUUUGCAGACGUCGAAAGUAAAGAUGGGAGACUAGGAGAUUCAUUCAUACCCUGAGAACACACUGCUGGAAAAUAAGAUGGAUUAUUGUGUAAAUACAUCGUAAAUUAUUUAAAUGUCUCUAUUUGCCUGGUAUUGUUUUUAACCAUCAUUCACGGAAGAGUGGUACAGUUGCUUUAAAGGUGAUGGUCUGUUUUUCAUGCACAUUCUUACUUUUUAAUUUUGUUCACACGUCAUACAAUAAACCAGCGAACACUUGAAUCGCUCUCAAAAUUUAAAGACAGGUUCAAUUCAUACAGGUUGGCACAUUUUCAUGACGCUUUUUCUGACCUCUCUUGGUGAAUGAUAGUUAAAAAUCACACUAGAGUAUUUGAAAAUAUUUGUGUGUGUGUGCGUGUGUGUGAUUGCUGGACACGUGGUCUUUUUUUUUUCUUCUUCCUUGUGAAGCAUGAGCGUGUUUAUCACUGUGUUUAUUACUGUAGCCUGGUCUGUCAGAGGUUUUGUUUUAGUGUGUUGUUGUUUUUUUUGUUUUUUUUAAACUUUUCUCUGCUAAUAAGAAAGUGGCCCUUAAAUCCAAACUGUGGCCCAAUACAGUAUUUAGUCGGACCUCCUACUGUAGAAGUGAUGGAGAAUCUACGAGAUUUUGAAUUAGAGUUACUGGUCUGGAAGCAUGAGGAGUGUCACAGGACAGAUGGACAAACUAUUCAGAGAGAGGAGUCGGCAGCAUAUAUCUGCUCUAAAUAUGUCAUUCACUUCCUGUUCCCCAAAAAGUCAUGGCAUUAUAUCAUCUACAUUUAGAACCCAUGAUCUGCUAGGUCAUAGCUCCCAGCCAGAACUCUCCUCUAAUUUUUGAGUUCAGUUUUAACAAGUUGUUAUCCCUUUUCAGCAGUUUUUAUGAGAAUGAUUUGGACAAAAAGUUCAUUGUUCAGUGUUGACUAGCAUAAAAUACUAUAAGAGGUAAUUUCCAAAUGUGUUGUGCAUAAAGAUCUGUCAUCUUAGAAAAUGGCCUGGAGCUGGCUUUUAGGAAAUAUUAGGUCACUCUACAUAUGCCACACAGAGUCAUCACAAUUACUAGUAUUGCCUAAUACUCGAGAUGAACUUUUCUUAUGUGCUGUAGCAUCUCCAUCACUGAACCACAGGGAAGAACUUUGUAUAAACACAGUUGUUUCAUCCAAUCUCAGGUGGUCUGGCACCCAAAACUUUGGGCAACUGUGGACUCAUUACAUAAUCAAACUGCUAAACUACAGGUUUUUGAAUUUCCUUAUUUACAAAUACACCUCAUCUUUCAAAUCUUAUUACAUUAGUUUCUGUCUUCUUUUGAAUGUCCAUCAUCAGACGUUUCAGUUUUGCUCAAAAUGUUGUCCGUUCAAAUCUGCUCCCAAAUUAUUUUGUAACAUUCCUCAAAGAAGCUUAAUGUGUGUAAAACGAAGUAUGUCGGUGGUGGUUAGUCUGAAUGGUGGACAAAAUUAGACUCCUGCUUCAUCGUUAUAUUUAGUUUUUUGUCAGCUGAUGUGUUUACAAUGUUUCAGCUGCUUCCUGUAAAUGCCGACUUGUAAAUCUGAGUUUUCUGAAGCAUCUGGACCUUUUAGGAUGGCAGCUGACGCUAGAAAAAAGGCUGAUGUAGGUAUUGACGGCUAAAUGCUGCUAUCCUGAGUCUAAUUUGUAGUCUAAAUGUUUGAUGUUGAUAAGUAUGGAAACACAUUUGCUCUUGAUUCAUCAUUCCAUAAGUUGGACAUUUUACGCUGACAGACCACGGCUAAUUGUGAAUCGUCUCAAAUCUUUCCGUGUAAAUUUUCCUUGACCCGAUUUUGUUCUGAAAGAUUAUAAACAUUAAUAACUAACAUGGGGAAACGGGAUCGUCUUAAAUAUAUGUAGACCUGGCCUCCCAAAGGUGUCACAGCGGCGAAGUAAUCUUUGCGGUCAUGAUGAUGAUGACGAUGAUGAUGAUGAUGAUGAUGAUGAAUAAACCAAGAUGUAACUCCGAGAUGCCUUUGGUAAAUCAGGCUGCGUACCAAACCCCAGGUUUUCAGUGAGUGUAGUUGGUACCGUGUGUGCAUUAUGUUGAUGUGAUGGUGAUCAGAAAACAACUCAUUGUUUUUGACAUUGUGUAUAAUAAUAACAAAACAAAUCUUCCUUCUGGCUUCAUUAAUGUCCUUGGAGAAAAUAAAAUCGUCCAAUCUAGA